UAAUUACUCCUAACAGGGAUAAUUAGAAUUUUCUUUUUUCAAAUUAAAAGUUUGAGAAAUUCCUGAUAAGAUGUACUAUUCCCUAAAGUUUAUAUUAAUUAUCAUUUUAUUUUACUGCCAGCGUUCAUCGAGCAUGGAAGAGUUAGACACUAGUAAGUAUGUUUUGGCAGUAGAUCGUUUUUCAAUCCUUGCUCACUUCCCCCCAGUUUCAGGGAGUGAGAGUAAACAAAUUGCUUACUCCGGAAAAACUUGAUUUCCUGGGAGGAUUGAGGAGGAAAAAUGGCAGUUGUCAGUGGAAGAAUAGAAGACUUUUCCUGAAACAUGUAUUAUUUACAAAAUGGAUUUGUAUAUUCUCAGCAUUGUUGAACAUAACACUUUUAAAAAAUUGUCCCCUUAAUCAUCCUUAUAGGAAAUUGUUAAGCCUGAUGUAGAGUGAGGACUUAAUUCUGAUUCUGAAAGUGAGUGUAUUGCAGGACGCAGGUAUUUGGGAGUAAAACCAUUUGUUUGAGGCCUGUUUUGUUACUUACAGCUGCACAUUACUGCCUGUGAAAGGAAGAAAAAGAUUCUCAGCUUCUUUCUCUCUGGGUUUUGCGUUUCAGUCUCAUUCAUAAAUAAACCCUUUCCCCUCUUUGGUCCAGUUUAGGGUCCUAUGCCUUCCUGGGAAGAUUCAUUUGUAUACGUGCACAAGAAUCUGUGGUUUGAGAUUCAGUUCUCUUUCCACUAGAGGAAGCUGUGGAGGUGUGGCGGUGGCUGGGAGGGGAGGGAAGCCGCAUUCAUUGCCCGCACUUCUCUGCCUAGAUAAAGCUAAGUCUUCUAAAGUCGACACGAUCAGAUCAUUAUGUUCUGCAUUGCUGGCGGUAUCCUGGUGGCCAUUCUUGUGCUGAUGGGUGUUGUCAUCUAUCUUUACUACAAAAUAGCCAACGCACUGAAACUUCCAAAGGCACCUCUUUGUUUGGCCUUAAAAAAUCCAGGCAUAUUCACUGAGGACAAGGUCGCUGCGGCCGCAGCCCUCACCGCUGGGUCCUAUCCCAACCUCCAGUGCUGUGAUGAAUGUAGAUUGUAUAUCGACUUCGAUGACCUGCCACCUUGCUGCUGUGACGUAAACGAGGAACUCUGAGUUGGGUGGACACGAGUAUCUACAUGCGCAGUGUUUCUUUUUUAGUAGAAUGUUUUAUUAUUCAAGUCAAGUUUUGUAGUGUUUACAUUAUGUAUUAUAGAACAUAUUUAUGUACUUUUGAGUAAAGGCAAUGUUGAAAAUA